AUGAUUCUUUCAAUUCCGCAACUAGCGGUUGUCUUUCUCUUUCUAGCGCCAUACGUCUCUUGCCAGACACCUGGCUCGGACCAGAACCUUGUGCAGGCGCUCGCAGAUAUACCAGAAUGUAAGAGGUACCGCGAGCUCCUCAUACGAAACCCAGACGCGCAAAAUCUCGAGCCAGGACAAUCAUAUUUUAUCUUCUGCCCUGGAAACGAAGCUGUUGAUCGCAAGAUCGCAGAGCCAGCGGGAAGCAAGGUCAAACGUGAUGAACGCAAAGCGGCCCGUGAUAUAGCAGCUAUGGGUGCCACAAAUCCCACAGUGACCAGGACGGCCGCGAAACGUCAAGUCACCAAUGUCCCCACAGGUACAACCACCGUAGUACUCUCCUCAUCAAAGCCCACCGGAGGAGCAAGUGCCACCGCUGAAAGUUCCCCGGGGGCGUCUCCGUCCACUUUCGCCCCAGCUCCUACUGGUUUCAGAACAUCAGGCCCCGAUCCAUUUGCUGCGGACCCUCAUCAGGCAACUCUCAGGACUCUUUUCAACGACACCGGCUUCGUUAACCUCGGGCCCGGGGCAUUUCUUCCCAUGGUGUCCUUUUCCACAUCCCCAGGAAAUACGAGCCCGAAACUUGUUUGCGGUCUUGGAAACAUCGUCGAUGUUGCUACCAGAAAUAUCCCUUUCAAUCUGGGAGUCAUUCAAGCCGCAAAAGAGUGAGCAUCCAACUCGUACCAGCUGUAGUGUCCAGACAACUAACUCCCAAUCCAGUUUCAUAACACUCCCGCAGACCUUCUCCCAAUCUGUCACCUUCUUUGCUCAAAGGAUCUUCCUAGCAGCACUCACAAAGUACAACCUCCUAACCACGUGCGAUAACACCCCGCUCAUUACAGUCUUCGUCCCCAUCGACUCGUCAUUGCCUGGAGAGCCCAGUGAGUGCGCUUGCAAGCAGCACAUCAUCGAGGGCCCACCGUUGUACACCCCCGACAUCGUGCUCGGAAGGCCAUACACCACUAAGGCUGGCGGAAGCGUCACGAUCGAGAUCAAGGACGGGGUGUAUACACUUACCGGUGGGGCUACAAUCGUGAAGGCAAAUGUGAUUACCAAGAACGGAGUUAUGCAUUUCAUAAACGGCACCAUUGGUGGAGAGUGUCAGCCCAAGGUAUACACUGGGGGGGGGAAUAGGGCGGGAGUCUGGGGCGGCGGAUUGGUUGGGUUGGUGGGUGUCGUAGUUGGGCUCUUGGCUUAA